CUGAUAGACUGAGAUAGAGGAGGAGUCAGAGGAGCCAGAGCACAGGAGCUGUGUGUGUCCGGGCGGGGGAGGCAGAGCCAGGCACAGGAUCCCGGGGACAUGUAGCAGACCCCCGGGGGAAGCUCACACUGGGUACCGUAGGGGGCAGGAUGGGGUUCGCCCCCUGGAGGUGGCUGCUCGCCCUGUGUCUCAGGCUGCUCUUCCUUGUCCCCGCAGGAGUGCCGGUGCGGAGCGGGGAUGCCGGCUUCCCAAAAGCCAUGGACAACGUGACGGUGCGACAAGGAGAGAGCGCCAUCCUCAGGUGCACAGUGGACAGUCGAGUGACACGUGUGGCCUGGCUGAAUCGCAGCACCAUAUUAUACACUGGCAAUGACAAGUGGUCUAUAGACCCCCGUGUUGUCCUUUUGGCCUACACUAAAAGCCAGUAUAGUAUUGAGAUCCAGAAUGUUGAUAUUUAUGACGAGGGCCCCUACACCUGCUCUGUGCAGACAGACAAUCACCCCAAAACCUCUAGAGUGCAUCUCAUUGUGCAAGUGCCACCUCGAAUCGUAGAGAUUUCAUCAGAUAUUGCGGUCAAUGAGGGCAGCAACGUCAGCUUGACCUGUAUAGCCGGUGGUAGGCCGGAGCCAGUGGUAAAUUGGCGGUAUCUGUCACCAAAAGCACAUGGAUUUGUGAGUGAGGACGAGUAUUUAGAAAUUACGGGCAUCACCAGGGAACAGUCAGGACAAUAUGAAUGCAGUGCAGCUAAUGAUGUCUCAGCUCCUGAUGUCCGAAGGGUUCAAGUCACUGUUAACUACGCGCCAUACAUUUUGGAUGCACAGAAUAUAGGCGCACCUUUGGGGCAUAAAGGAAUUUUGCAGUGUCAGGCCUCAGCUAUGCCAGCGGCAGACUUUUACUGGUACAAGGAAGACAAGAGACUGAGCGAAUCACGCAGACGGGUGAAGGUGGAGAACAGGGAAGCAUUGUCACGUGUUACAUUCUUCAAUGUCUCUGAACAGGACUACGGGAACUACACAUGUGUGGCAAUGAAUCGGCUGGGUCACAGCAAUGCCAGUGUUAUCCUGUAUGAAGAGAUCACAGAUGUCUAUACCCCCCUUAAAGGUCCUGGAGCUGUACAUGAUGGAAACAGUGGUUCACCUCAGUGUCUGUACCAUGCGCCAUUGUCCAUUCUCCCCUUCUUCACCCUUCUCUCUCUUCUGUUUCCCCUUGCUGAAUUUUGACACAUGCAACGUAUCAUUCAAGUUCCUUAGGGGAGGGGAACAAAGUAACAACAACAAAAAUCUAAAGUUUGAAAAAAAAAAGUAAUAAUAAAAAGAAAAGAAUUUAUUAAAUCUGACGUCGCAAAAUAAAAGGAUUAAAAACUUAAAAAAAAAAAAAAAGAAAAACAUACAGAUUGGUUAAACAAGAGGAAACACCACAUACUGCACCUUCUCACUGAAGGGACUCAUGCAGGAAACGUGAAUGGGCGGAGCCAAGGACUGUGCUGCGCCAGUUGCCUCAUCUAAAGAUGACAACCAUGAAAAACAUGUGACUUUGUUCAACGCAUCACACAAAGCAUCCUGAGCAGAACACUAAUCACAACCUGUCGAUAGAAGUCAUAGACUGUGACACUUCAUCUUUCACCUGAACUAUAUUGUCCCUUUUCACUGCUUGGUGGGGUGACCCACAACUCAGCCCAAUUCUCAAUGAUGAUUCCUGCGGAGAAUUGCUCAAUCCUACAAAUUUGCUGGUGGAAUCAGCAGAGCAAUACUUAACCUCUACCCUGCUGGUGAGAGAGAUUCUUCAAUAGAGGGCUGAUUUUUCUCUCUAGCAAGAAAAUGGUUAUCAGAGCAAUAACCCGCAGGCUUCUUCCAUAUGAAAUGGGUCACUUUUUUUUAUUUUGCUGAAAUGUGUUGGUUGUUCGAGUGGCACGCGUGCUGUGAUUUUGUAGGAUGCUGUUUAUGAAAUAAUGUGUCAAAGACAAAUGGUUCUUUCAUAUUGUCAAACAUGGGGCAUUUCCAUGAAGAAUGUGAGCUUUUAAAAAAUUACUGUUACAAGCUCAUCAGUUGUCUAAAACACGAAGUAUGUCUUUCUUGAAUCUCAAUAUAAAGCAUAUAUCUUCUUGGCUUCAUAAUUAUCAACACAACUUUGUCUCUCCAAUCUUGGGUUCAAAAUAUUUCUUAACACGCAUUUAAAGCCUGCCUUGUUCAGCAUAAAAUUUGAUUUGUCAAAAUAGCACAGAAACUAGAUAUGGGAAUACACCAAGCCUAGAAUAAAUCUAAAUGGAUGUCUGUGAAACUUAUGGAAGCAAUAGUAAUAGUGAUGGAGAGAUGAGGGAAAGUUACAUAGAUAAAAACAUAAAAAUAGAUGUUAGAGAUAUUAUAAGGCAAUGGAAGUGUAUUGUGUUUGCAAAAACAAUGUACAAAUCUAUGUUAGCUAACUGCAUGAAUGUAUGAAAUCAUGAAAGUUAAAGAAACAAGGAAAUAAUAAAAUCCAAACUAGGACCAAUUUAGGGAUACAAAGAAUAUCAUCUUUCAUUGAUCGUUUGAAACUUGAUAGGUGAUAACUCUGAAUGUUCUUCUAGGGUGGGAGGAAGUGUAGAUAGUACUUGGCUGCCAGGGAGGAGCCCUCUUUGGUAACUACUGGAUUAUAAAUGAGAAUUUAAAAUUUUAUAUAUAAAUAUAUAUAUAUAUAUAUAUAUCUACUACACCAUGAGAUAAAAACAGUACCGAUGACAAAAGCUUAUUAAUUGAAAAAGGCUCAAUGUUGUAGUUUCUUUCUUUUUAGGCAUCCUAGCUAGGAACAAGAAAUUGAUUCAGUCAUUUUCAAGACUUUAUUUUUUAGAAUUAAGAUUUAUUUUGUAUUCCUUUCACAUGAAGCAAGAUACCUGAGAGCCUAGUUAUAUAUAUAUAUAUAAAAAAGUUACAGGGCAGUGGUGCCAAAUAUUUUGAAAUUAUGUUAAGUUAAUCAAAAUAUACAACAAAACAAUGCUACUAUACUAUAUAUAUAAGCUAUGCAGGUGAGAAUAAAUGGGAAGGGGUUGAUUGGUUAUUUGCGACUGGAGCCUCAUUUUUUUACUAUAACAUCUAGUGAUAGUGUAUCAAAGCAUUAUAUUGUGUCAAUUUGUCCAGUGAAAGUGAUUACAAAUAUUCCCUUGGCUAAGACACAUAUAGUGUGUUGGGGGAGUCACGAACAUUAGGUUAGAUAUCCAUGUAAUAGAGACACAAGACUUUUUGCAUGUCCUCAGGAGAGAAUUGUCAGUAUGGACAUGGAUAAAAAUAUGUUUGAUAUAUACAAUUAAGAGAAACUGUUCUUGGUAUACGUUGCCCCACACCUGCUUUGGCAGCUAAAAAAACUACAGUACUUUCUUCCACAGAAAAACUAACAGACCUUGUCAGUUCCUGUAGCUCUGAACCACAUAAUUAGAUGUGUAUUGUGACCUUUAGAGUCCAUACAAGAAAAACAACUACACAAUUCAAUUGAGAAGGAGUCUCUGUCUGAUUUAUAUAUAUCAAUAUAUAUCCUGACAAUUCAGCACUCUCCUGUUCAUGUCCUUAUAUACAGUAUUAGCAGCAAAAAAUACUUAAACUAAUGUGCGUGAAACACCUUUGGGAAAAUGAAUAUAAUUAAUUGAAUUACUAUUGUAUGCUUAAUUAUUUUAUUUAGUAACAUUCUCACUAUUUAGAAAACCAGCUGUGCAUGUCAUACUGAAAUAGACAACUGGCAUUAUAGACAUUCAAUUUAUAAGCAAAUCUAUCCCCCCCCCCCCCCCCCCCAAAAUGCCAGAAGACAAGGUGAGGUUGUGAAGGUAUGUAAGUUAUCUUUGUGGAGGGUUUCUUAACAUAGUAGGCAGCUACCUAGGAACUCUCCUCUUGGAAGGUCGCUCACCUGGAUGAAAAUCUAUAAUUCAAUUUCUGUUCUUUUAUAGUUGACUCAGUAACAUAUAUGUCUUUUUCUAGCCGGGUAUGGGUGGAAAUUAAAGAGUAGCUGGAUGCAUUCCCCUUCCUCCAAACUCGUAUUUUAUAUCCAUACAUAUGUUUGCAAUAUGGUCACCCUAUAUAUAUAUAACCCUAUAUAUCUCUAUCAGUGUCAGCUCCCUGAACAGAAGAGAUAUUUUUUAAUCAUCCUAAAAUAUUGGAUACAAUGAAUCAUGUAUAUUAUAUCUUAAGGGGUAUCUGGCAGAUCUGUGAGUAGCAUGCUGUCAACUUUGUAAGAGCAAAUACUUUUUAUUUUUUUCAAAUUUUGCUUAUACCUCCCCUCCCCCAGAAUAGGACAUAAUCCAAUGAUUAACAUAAAUUUACCAGUAGCUCCAUGGGCUUUAAAGACAAAAAACUAUAAAUCACAUGUGCAAAUAAAGGUUUGCCUCUCAUGUGAGAUUACACAUUUUUUCCCAUUAGAUGAAUAUUUUUUUUACUUGUAUAUAAGCAGGGAAAUGGCUUUGUCCUCAGCACUUUCUCUGCGCCAGUGCCAGUAGUGCCAGUAUUUUUUUUUUAGAAAAGGCAACAUAAGAAUUAAAUUAGAAAAGACUAAAGAAAAACAUGCUAAAAAGUCUGAUGUUAUAUGGUUUAGCAGAGUAUGUACUUUUUACAGCCUGUCCUGUAACACAAUAUAUGUUAUAGUUGGCACCAGCAGCGAGAAUCUUCUGAGCUGACAUUUUGCUAAACCCCAUGCACUGUAUUACAAUGGAACACUUAAACUCCUUGGCUGAGAAAAAAUGAGUUUCACCUCUGGCAGCUAAUUUGUUUGUUAGACUCUUUUUAGCAAGAGUUAUUAAGCAUCAGCUUAAUUGAUUACUUUUUCAUAGUCAAAUCUAGAGGGAUGACGUUUGUUUUAAAUGUAUUAAAGGGACAUGAUACCCAAAUGUUAAAAGUGAUGCAGCAUAGCUGUAAAAUGCUAUAGGAGUGUGCAUCUGACACAUGCAGGCACAGUCAUGCUAUUUUCCUAUUCAGUUUAAGGAAGUUUACUAUGAAAUCUCAUGAGAUGUAAGUGAAAUCACAUGAGAUGAUAGCAAAGAAAUGAAAAACCUCAGCACUGCUGAUGCAUGCUAAUUAGCUAUUGUGGGUUUUUGUUUUUGUUUGUUUUUUCUUUUCAACUUGCAGCUUUACAGCAGCUCUAACUGUUCACAGAGCACUUACACUGGUGAGCUGAAGAAAUAUUGAGGUAAAAUAUCUUCCCUUUUUACAUAGAGAUGCUCAGAUGAUAUUUUCAUGUCAGCCUUUUACAGUUAUGCUGCAUCACUUUCAAGUGAUUUAGCAUAUGAGUAUUAUGUCCCUUUAAGAUAUUUGUUGGAACCAAAAGACACCUUCAAACAAUGUGAUGAAAAACUUUGAACUUUUUAUCAGCUCCAUUUUCAAUUAAUUAGAAGAUUUCAGACUAAAACUAAUUAGAUAUGAGAUAAAUCCAAAGCAAGAUCCACUGAAAAGAUAACCAGGACAGUCCCGCAAAAUGUGGGACAAUUGAGAGCUCUGGAUACUGGUAUGUUAUAGCCUUCUCCUAUUCAGUCUAUACAUAAUUGUAUGCACACAUUGGUCUUUCUUGUCAUACCAAUGAAUUACUAUCUAUUACAUUUAAUUAAUCUAUUACCCCUUGAGUGCUAACGACAGCUCUGAGUCAUUGCAAAUUGUCUGUCAGGUGUUAACUACGACUCAGAGCCGUCGCUAGCACUCUCCCACCAGGAGAGAGAUCUGGGGGCUCCUACCCCGGCGAUUGCACCUGUAUAGUGACAGGCAUUGCCAGGACUUCACGUUUUGUACGGUGAUGUCACGCGCAAUGACGUGAUGACGUCACCGCGCAACUUUAUUGAAAAAUCACAAUAAGUAUAAGGAAAGGGGGCAUGCUGCUUAGAAGCCUGUAUCUCAGGCCUCUAAGCAGCUACAGACUCCCAAGACCCACCUUUGGAAAGGUAAUCGCCUAGCCUUUCCAACGGAAUGUCUUGCGGAUCUGAAUUUUGUCAAAAAGUUAAAAAAAUAUAUUAAACAAAAAUAAAAAUAAUUAUUUCAGUUUAGCACCCAGGUGGGAAAAUGCUUAGCACUCAAAGGUUUAAAAAAAAGUCAAACAUUAGCUUAAUAUACACAAAUAUAACAGUGUGUUUCAUUAUAUAAGCCUUUAUAAUAUAUUGGUUACAUAUUAUGCAAUACAAUUAUAUUCCAUAACUUACCUCCACUCAUGCUGUAUCAUGCAUACACAAGUAUGCACAACAGUCAAUCAUGUGCAUGUGUAUUCAUGCUGCUCCAGAGGGAGGUAUGUCUUAUAAUCUAAUUUGUAAUAACUAAAAUGAUAUAUAGGUCAUUUACAAUCAAUUAAAUAAUGUGUAUCUAAUGAUUUUCUUCAAAAUUCACCAUUUCAAAUCUGUUUUUUUUUUUUUACUGAUUAAAAAGCUUUUUUUUUAAGAAUUGUAAAUGUUGCCCAAAGUGUUUUAACAAAAUGUAUUUAGAUGUAUUUUUUUUUUCAUUGUUGCAUUUGAAAAGAGUACUUUAUAUUAUGCUCAAGGCUGCUGCACAACUAAACAAUAAUAUAACAUUCGCUACUAAAUGCAAAGCACAACCUGCCUCUUACAUUUGAUUUGUUGUUUUGAAAAUGUUCAUGUGAAGUAUUUUUAGAAUGAGGGAUCUAUAUCUUUAUAGUGCAAUAAGCCACUUUUAAUUCAGACACAUUCAUUCCAAUUCAGAUAAUAUUUUUUACACCAGUUUUCUAAUGAUUUUUAGAUGUAUCUAAUUCAACAACUUUACAAUCAUGUUGUCCUGUUUUGCCCCCCAUAUCUUGCCUUUCAAAUCUUAAAACAAUGAUCAAACAAUACUUUUAAAUUGUUAAACAUUGAUCAAAUGUAAUAUUAUUAUAACAAUGUUCCUUUGUUUGGAUGCUAUAAAAAUGUUAAUGAUCAAUUUAGUGAAAUGGUAUUAGCCAGUUAUUAAUAAUAAACCAGUUAGUUUUUGUUUUUCUGGGGAUAGCCGUUUUGGUAAGGUUUUUACAUGUUAACCUAUUCAAGUAUAGGAAAACAACACAGUUCUGCUUAUAUUGCACAGAACUUUGGCUGUUUUUAGGGACAGGCUAAUGCAGAAAUGUAGUGAAAAGCACUUAUUUCUUGAGUUUCUGACUCUAGCUUAAUAUGGGUUAAACCCCACAAUGUUAUUAAACACAUAGAUAAAUUAUUGUAGCCAGUCAGCCAGCCAAUUAGGAAAGCAGUUAAACACACACAACCACCAAAUGAUUCAGACAGACCAUAAACCUGCCCAAUUUCUUUCUCUGGUCAAAUUUGCUUUGUGCACUUGAAGAGUAAACCUAUGUAGGCUCAUAGGACCUCAGGAGCAUGCACGUGUCUUUAUCACUCCAUGGCAGCAAUUUUUAAAACUAUGUUAAACAGUGUUACUAAUGACAUGCACAAACUCCAAGGUUUAUACUUAAAGGGACAUUGAACCCAAAUUUUUUCUUUCAUGAUUCAGAUAGAGCAUGCAAUUUUAAGCAACUUUCUAAUUUACUUCUAUUAUCAAUUUUCUUUGUUCCCUUGCUAUCUUUAUUUGAAAAAGAAAGCAUCUAUGCUAAGGAGCCAACAAAUUGUUGGUUUGGACCAUGGACAGCACUAGUUUAUUGGUGCUGUCCAAUCAGCAAGGACAACCCAGGUUGUUCACCAAAAAUGGGCCGGCAUCUAAACUUACAUUCCUGCUUUUCAAAUAAACAUACCAAGAGAAUGAAUACAAUUUGAUAAUAGGAGUAAAUUAGAAAGUUGCUUAAAAUUACAUGCUCUAUCUGAAUCGCGAAAGAAAAAAAAAUUGGUUUCAGUGUCCCUUUAAACAAGACACCAAGUGAACAAAGCAAAUCAUAGUAGUAAAUGGAAAAUAUGUUUUAAAUUAAUCUCUUUGAAUCAUGAAAAUUUAAUUUUUACUGUCCCUUUUAUUAUUAUUAUUAUUAUUAGUCCCUUUUAUUAUUAUUAUUAUUUAUAAAGUGCCAACAUAUUACGCAGCGUUGUUUAAAGUGAAGGUCAAUUUUCAUCAAUGAGUGCCCGGUUUUUAAAAAUACUUUUAAAAACAGGGGCACUUUCAUUGAUGAAAAUUAACGUUGCACUGGAUUUGAAGAAAUACUUACCUUUUACUCCUGCAAAACCGAAUCGCAGAUCUCAGCCUCAGUUCCUCUGUACUGACGUCAGAAAUGAUGAAAACCGGCUUCCUCCAAUCAUGGCUUGCACCCCAGAGCGUCCAGCUCGUGAUGCCCGGCUGUGAUUGGAGGAAGCCAGUUUCGUCAUUGCUAUGGUCUACAGCAGGAAGAAGAAGGAGAGGGAUCGUCGAUCCGGAUUUGCAGAAGUAAAAGGUAAGUAUUUCUUCAAAUCCAGUGCAAUGUUAAUUUUCAUCAAUGAAAGUGCCCCUGUUUUUAAAAGUAUUUUUAAAAACCGGGCACUCAUUGAUGAAACUUGACCUUUACUUUAAGUAUUCUCUUGGUAUCUUUAUUUAAAAUGCAAGAAUGUAAGUUUAGAUGCUGGCCCAUUUUUGGUGAACAACAUGGGUUGUUCGUGCUGAUUGAUGGAUAAAUAAAUCCACCAUUAAAAAAAGUGCUGUCCAGAGUUUCAUGAUUCAAAUAGAGCAUGAAAUUUUAAGUAACUUUCGUAAUUUACUCCUAUUAUCACAUUUUCUUCAUUCUCUUGGUAUCUUUAUUUGAAAUGCAAGAAUGUAAGUUUAAAUGCCGGCCCAUUUUUGGUGAACAACAUGGGUUGUUUGCGCUGAUUGAUGGAUAAAUAAAUCCACCACUAAAAAAGUGCUGUCGAGAGUACUGAACACCAAAAAAAAAACCUUAGAUGCCAUCUUUUUCAAAUAAAGAUAUCAAGAGAACAAAGAAAAUUUGAUAAUAGGAGUGAAUUAGAAAGUUUCUUAAAUUUGCAUGCUCUAUCUGAUUCAUGAAAGGAAAAAAAAUUGUGUUCAGUGUCCCUUUAAGAAUACAGUUAUAUAGUACAAUAAUCAGAAGACAAUUACAUAUAACAUUAAGUACACAGUUAUUUAGUACAAUAAUAAGAAGACAAUUACAUAAAUGCCCUUGAUUCACUGUAAGCUGUAACAUCUUUACAUAAAACGAUCAACAGGACAGCUGGACUUGUGAGCUUACUACUAUUCUAAUUCAGACAGUUUGAUUACAAAUUUUUUUUUAAUUCAAAAACAAGUUUUUGAUUUUUGUUUUGCAUAAUAAACUCUAACAGUCUGAAAUGGAGUCCCUAAGAGUAAACUGUGUAAGUGUUUUGGGUUUUGGAGUCCAGUUGAAAGGGUAACAUUUCCUGUGUAGUUACAAAGCUUUGAACUUGGAUACAAAUGUAUGUUCAAACACAAUAAUGAAUUUGCUAUCCAUUCAGAGACAUUUUCUGUAUUUCUGGUGCAUCAGCUGUGGCUUUAAAUAUUAGGCAACUUGAAAAAAAUACAAGUGGGUCAUCAUGUGUAUUCAACAGAUCCAUGGUGAAUGUGAAAGUGUCAGACAUCUCAGUUGUUUUAUGCAUGCAGUUAACAAUGAGACACUUAAUUGGUGUGCAGAAUUAAUUAACUGGUUUGUUUGGGUGCUUGAAAAGGUAAAAAUAAAAAUCCCUUUAAAGGGAAAUUGUACCCAAACAUCUUUUAUUAUCGGUAUGAAGGAGCAGCAUUACUGCUAAUGUUUUAUAUGGAUGAUAGAACAUUUUUAAGUACAGCGUCCCUUUAAUCUUAUGCAUUUGUGCCACUGCAUAUCCCAAUAUAAGUACUAUUUCUUUUUAUUUCUUCCUAUUGGCUCUGCCCACAUUGGAGUAACCCUAUCUGUUUGAUUCUAUUGCUAUUCUGUGUAUGCAACACAUCUACAUUAACCACUAUAUAAUAUUAGAAAACCGCAAAAUGAUGAUUUUACAUAUUUUCUGCUCAAUCAGCCUUCCAAUUAUGUCUCAUAUCCACUGGGCAAUGCUUUUUCCUUUCUGUAUUUGUUCUAAUGUCUGAGAUGUUAACAUAGCUAAUGACUGAAGCAUUUUUAGUGUAAAUGCAAUCUCAGUUAUAUGUUUUGACUCUGCACAAGUAAGUCUGAACUCCAGUGCUAAACAAUCCCAAAUAAGUCACAUAUGAAGAUUGUAAGCUCUUCGGGCAGGGCCUCCAUUAAAUAUUAUGUUGUAAUCUGCUGGUUUCAUUUUUCUUAUCCAUUUUUCUGUAUUAUAUUCCCCUAUAUUUGUAAUAUUGUAAAGAGUUGAUUACACAAUGCCAUAUCAAUAAAAUUACAUAAUAAACACAUAACAAUUGAGCAGAGAUGUGUUAGUUAAAAUUAGCCAACAACUAUCUGACUUGUCUGCAUUGGAUAUGAUAACCCAUAACAAUACUUUACAUUACCAAACAAAGGGCUAGAUUACACAACGUUAGUUACCUGUAGCAAGAGCUUUUUACCAGCACUCGCUACAAGUAGCAAAUCCUCGGCUAUCACACGUCACUUGCUACAAAGAGCUCUUGUAGACAGAGGUUGCGGCUGUCAAUAAAUUUAAUGGGAUUUCCAAAUGCCUUGUAGCAAACUUAUCAUACGACGCUUGCUACAAAUUAAUAAGCUGUCGGUAUAUCUCUUCUUGCUAUGGGUGGAUCCAAAACUUGAGAGAUUAAACUAGUGGAAUGCUUGUGUUGGUGAACUGGAUAAGAUUGCAUUAUUGUUUUUUUUAAAUAAAUAUUAUAACUUACGUUUAUUAAUUAAUCUUUCCUUUGGUUUAUAUGUCAAGACACCAUUAAAUAUUAUCAAAACCAAA